AUGGCGAGCAAAGCGGCGCACAAGCGGUUAACGCGAGAGUUCAAGUCCAUUUCCGAGAAUCCUCCUCCAUACAUCACCGCCCAUCCUUCCGAGUCCAACAUCCUCGAAUGGCACUACAUAAUCACUGGCCCUGAAGAUACGCCGUAUCACGGAGGCCAGUACUGGGGAACGCUCAUCUUCCCUCCGAACUAUCCGUUCGCGCCGCCUGCGAUCCGCAUGCACACCCCGUCAGGCCGAUUCCAGCCAUCGACUAGACUUUGUCUUUCUAUAUCCGACUUUCAUCCAAAAUCCUUUAAUCCAGCAUGGGAGGUGUCGACCAUCUUAAUCGGCCUUUUGUCGUUUAUGACCAGCGAUGAGAUGACCACCGGGUCGGUUUCUGCUUCUAGCGCCGAGCGUAAGUUCCUCGCCUCACGAUCACGGUGGUGGAACUCGACUGGCGGUGGAUCGCAAGCUAGAGGAAACAUUGCUACCAAGGGCAACGUCAAGGCCGGCGAUGGAGGCGCCAAAUUCCGUUCAGAGUGGCCAGAAGUGGACCUUGAGAAUUGGGAGUGGAUGAGGAAGCACAAGGUGGAUGCGGCCACCGGUAACCGAGCAGACGGCGACAAUGGCUCUUCCUGCGGACCUCAGCUAGGCAUUGCCGCGUCGAGCGGUAACCAGGCCCAGGCUGUGGUAGAUGCCGUUGUACAACAGCGGGAUGCUGGUCGAGGCUGGCUUUACCGGAACAAACUGCUUGUUGCGGGUGCGGCGAUAUUCAUCUACGUACUGAUUGCAAGGCUGGGAGACAGAAAGAUCAGCUCCUUCACCCCUUGCAUCCAGACAACCCCAGUACAUCCCAAGGCGACGUUUUCUGGCAUUGACCAGGACUGGACUGAUGCCUCUUUGCCGACAUCUCCAGAUUUGUCGUCCAGGUCUGGCGCGCGGGCGAUCGGAAAUCCAAGGCCUCCCCUGCCCCUCGCCGACCUGCGGAUUUUGAGCAAGGCUCUCAGCCCACUCGCCGCACCAACCAGUCCGAUCCAUCAGAUUUGGAUCUGGCACCUCGACCGACCGACCACCAUGGCGCCCUCCAACGGAUCCGUCAGGUCUCGCAGGCCUGCCGUUGUCUCCAGCAAGCAGAUGCCCAAGCCCGUCGUCCCUGCGAUUCCUCUGCCCUACGUUAAGCGCCAGGCUGCCGCCGCCGCCGCCGCCGCUGCAGCUCCUGUGAUCAACAACGUCAAGCCAGACGACAGUCCUCGAAACGGCUCUCUGGAAGUGCGGCCCCACGAGGUGAACCAGUCUUCGCCCACUCUGAUUGCAGACACGCCCCAUGCCAGCGAAUCCCUUUCGGCUGGCAGCCCAGAAUUGAAAUCUGCCAUUAAGAACGCCGUUGCUUCUGAUACAGCCAAAGAAGUCGUGAUCGCCAGCAGCAAGCCCGUUGCACCUGCCGACCGAGCUCCCGGCAACGACAUGACCUCGACAAGCUACGCUGUGCAGCCGGCAAAUGCAGAAGCUUCUGUACCGACCGCUCAUGAAGCCUCUUCUGGAAUGCAGACCAAGUUCCAUGGUCCUGGGAUCGGCGCUGUCCAAGAUGAGCCAAGGCAGAGGCUAGCUCAAUACCCCCCGGUCAAGCUCGUCUCUUCUCAACCUCCCCCGCCUGUAUCUCCAACUCGAUACCAGAUGCCGCCGCCCUUCCAACCAGCUCAUCGCCCGAUGGGCAUUGUGGCGAAUGGGGACCUGUCCCAUGGGCCUAGGCCUCCUUUGCCAAAUGGCCCACCUCACAUGCAUCAAGCUCAUGCAAGCAACGGCAGCAUUCACUUUGGAGCCUUUCACGAUUCUCAAAGCUCCUCGCCGGCGCCUCCACACUCCGGAGGCAUUGCGCCGCCGCCUGGUAUGCCAAUGCCGGAUGGACGACCGCACCCCAUGAUGCCUCACAAUGGCAAUGGAUUCCCACCCAUGGUGCCAUACGGGGCGGACAUGAUGGCUGUUACUAACUUUGACGGCUAUGGCCGACCGAUGGCUUAUGCGCCCAUGGACUCGUAUCAUCCGUAUGGUAAUAUACUGGGACCGUCAACACCGCAUAGCUUUCACGAUUCCCAGUCUUCGGCUCACCAAGAAGAGACGGCCAUGUAUAACCAAUAUCGUCCUGGAGCUAUGCAUAACGGCAUUGGGCCUGCCGAUGAGGCUCAAGGUCAAAAUCCCCAGGGGAGAAUGUAUGGGGUGCCAGACUAUCCCCGGAUGAUGCCCAACCCAGGCCUGCCUCCCCCCAUGGCUCAGGGCGACAAUGCUGAUGGAUUCAUUGAAUACCUGCAAGAGCAAUUCGCUCGUCAUGAGCUGUCUGAUUGUACUCUGGAACUUCGGUACACCGACGACAGGGCAGCGCCUGUGCGGAUCCCUGGUCAUCGAUUGAUCUUCGCUCGCAGCGCCCAGCUUUUCAACCUAUUGCAGAAGCAGGCUUUCCAGGCGUCCCCCAACGAUAGAUUUCUGCAAACUCUUCUUCUAGAGACGGGCAGCAAGUGGAUCCGUUCGGAUUCAUUUUACAUGGCAGUUCAGCGCCUAUACGGACUGCCAUUGCUUCAUCCUCCUCCUCGGCCCGUUGGCAUGGAAUCCGGCGACGUGACCGCUAGCGUAUUUUCGGUGAAAGAACAAACUGACUUUGCAAUCUCGUAUGCUGCCGCUGGCCACCUCCUUGACUGGGCUCCGGUUGUCCGACGCGGCUGCGAAGUGGCCACCCACAUCUUGACCUGGGAGACGUUGGAGCGUGUGCUGGAAUUUGCGUUGGAUGGAUACCGGGACAAGGGCUCUCACGAAACCUACCAGUAUGGCAACGGAUCACAAAUCCUCCUUAAUGCCAUUGUCACCUUUCUAAUUCACAAUUUCCCCUCGCACUUCAAUUUGGACACCGAGGCCGUAGAGUUUGUGCCAUAUGGCAGACUGCCAAUCAACCCACCACCUUUGGCCAAAGAUGCUCUUGACAAUGGGGUGCUCCCGGCAUCUGCUGAGGGAUCGAUUGUGCAACUGGGCAAAGGACGCCGUCCUCAAAAGCUUGACGGCAUCCAGUUUGGCGACUUAUCCUUCUCGGAAGCUAAGAGCUUGGCCGAUGCAAAUACGCCCAAAGCCACCCGUGCCGCACAACCGGCCUCGUUUUCGAUUCUGUCCCGUAUCCUCAUCGAGAUACCGUUUACUCAGCUCAAAAUGAUCUUGGAAUCUUCUGGGUCAGGCAACGUCAAUGGUUGGGCGAAUACGGAAUCUCGCUAUCGCAUUAUCAAGAUUGCCGUAGAGGAACGCGAAUGGCGCCGCCGUAGGGUCCUAGACGCCGUAUUGUCCGGCCAAGUUCCCGAUGCAGAAGCGAUCCGGGCAGGCCUUCGCAGCCCAGAGCCGAGAGAUCUAGGCCGGUGGAUCGCCCUGGGAUGGCAGGAAGAGAUACUGUCGUAUGGUAACCCAGAUGGCCCUACCUUGGCACGCAAAUGGGUUCCAUUGAUGGAAGCACAGAAUGGCUCCCUAUCCAACGUCGCCGAGUAUCCAUGA